AUGAUUUCCCUGCACUCACACUCGGGACAGUACUGUAUGCAUGCAGCUGGGCAGUUGGAAGAUGUGGUGAAGCGGGCAAUUGAACUUGGAUUCCAAGUGUAUGGUUUAACCGAACACAUGCCACGAACUCGAUUGCAGGACUUGUAUCCUGAAGAGUCGCAUCUCACACCAUCCGACUUGGCUAUCCUAUUCAGCGACUUUUACAUCCAUGCUCAGGCUUUGCAGGCCAAGUACAAGGACCAAAUCACACUUUUGAUUGGAAUGGAAACUGAACUCAUUCACGAGGCAACACUUGGAGAGAUCAAGUCAAUCUGUCAAAAAACUCCGUUUGACUAUCUGGUUGGAUCCGUUCAUCAUGUGCGUGGAUUUCCAAUUGAUUUCGAUGAGCCUGGAUUCACGAAACUCGAGAAGCAUCUUGUCGAUCAAAUAGCAUUUGAAUCCAACCAAACCGUAGCAUCGGAUCUGCUUAAAGAUGCAUCGAUUGGAACUGAAAUGGCUUUUCAGGAAUAUUUUGAUGCGCAGUAUAGUUUAAUAGAUCAGAUUCGACCUGCAGUGGUUGCUCAUUUUGAUCUAGUGAGAUUGUUUAGACCCACCUUUCCACUAAGUCAACAGGUGUGGACCAAAAUUGAUCGGAAUAUUCAGCUCAUUUCCCAGUAUGGUGGUCUUGUUGAAAUCAACUCACGAGCAUGGAAGAAACAGCUGCGUGAUGCCUAUCCCCAACGGGAUAUUCUAAAGAAAAUGAUUGAUGCUGGAUUACGGUUUUGUGUGUCGGAUGAUAGCCACGGACCCAAGGACGUUGGAAUGCAUUAUGAUCGACUUGCAGUGUAUCUGGCAGAAAUGGGCAUUCAUGAGAUCUCAUAUCCAACUCCAUUGGCAAACAAAAAAGAUCAAACUGAUGUGGGAAAAAAUGAUCAGGUUCAAGUAGUUACUCUAACGAAUGUGCUAGAGUCUUUGGUAUGGGAAAGAUGUGGUGCUGUAGCAAUGCAGAAUCCCCAUGGUUUUAACAAGGAUGAUGAAAAAGGAUGUAAUAAACAUAGCUGA